GCCACACCGCCCGCCAUGCCUCACGCCGACAGCCUCGCCCUGCCAGAUGGCCUCACCGACAAGCGCGCCUUCUACGAGCACGUCUGCACCGUCGCCGAGGCGCUCCUCGCGCCCUCAUCUCCUUCCGACCCGGCGGCCAACUGGAUCACGGUCCUGAGCAACGCCGCGUCGCUCCUGUUCGGCAGCUUCGAGAACUACGAGGCUGCGUUCGGCCGCGCAAACGGGCGCAGGGUCAACUGGGCAGGCUUCUACCUCGUCCCCUCGCUCCUGUCCCGCCACGCACCCUCGACCGACCCGACGCAGCUCCUCCUCGGACCCUUCCACGGCCGCCCGGCGUGCAACUCGGUCUCGCUCCAGGGGACCUCGUCGCGACCGGUCGGCGUCUGCGCGGCCGCCUUCUUGUCAGGCGAGACGGUCGUCGUGCCGGAUGUCGAGGCGCGGCCGGGCCACAUCGCGUGCGACGGCGUGACUAAGAGCGAGGUCGUGGUGCCAGUCGUCGUCCGACGAGCGCGCGAGGACGGGACGGUCGAGGACGUCAAGGUCGGCGUGCUCGACAUCGACUGCGAGGGCCUGAACGCGUUCGACGACGAGGUGGACAGGGCGGGGUUGGAGCAGUUUGUCGAGGUCGUCAAGCGGGUCGUGCGGUGGGAGCUGUGAGGGAGGGGGUGCGGGAUGCUGGUGCGAGGAGGGUACAGGAGGCUGCCGAGGCGGUCAGUGCGGAACAGGUGCGGUCGCAGAAUGAGUAGAGGCACGCACAGAAUAGAUGAACAACAUGGACGCCGCGAGACGAGAGGAAUUCAGGACAUGUCGAC